AUGGGAUCCUGUAAACUGGCCGUGCUGCUGGUCCUCCUAUCCUGCGUAGAGCAGUGCCUGUCUGCCUCCUGUGUCGUUGAUAGCUUCACAACCAAAGGGGACUUUGACCCCAAGAGGUAUGCAGGGAAGUGGUACGCACUGCAGAAGAAAGAUCCAGAGGGCCUGUUCCUGCAGGACAACAUCUCAGCUGAGUACACCAUCGAUGAUGACGGCUCCAUGAUCGCCUCCUCCAAGGGACGUGUCACCCUGUUUGGCUUCUGGGUUGUGUGUGCUGACAUGGCCGCCCAGUACUCUGUCCCCGACCCCACCUCCCCCGGCAAGAUGUUCAUGAACUACCAGGGACUGGCCAGCUACCUGUCCAGUGGAGGUGACAACUACUGGGUGAUCGACACAGACUACGACAACUACGCCAUCACCUACGCUUGCCGCACCCUGAAGGAGGAUGGAAGCUGCGAGGACGGCUACUCCCUGGUCUUUUCCAGGAACCCCCGCGGCCUGCCUCCAGCCAUCCAGCGCAUCGUGCGUCAGAAACAGGAGGACAUCUGCAUGGUUGGAGAGUUUCAGCCUGUGCUGCAGUCUGGAGCCUGCUAA